UUUCCAGACCGACAGUGCAUAGUGGGCUCGUCACGGUUAAGCGUCGUCAAAACUCUCCUCGCCCAACUGUUAUUUGAAACUACUGGAGUGAUGUAGUGAACUUUUCAAAACUUCAAGCGUUUUUUUACUAUUUUUUCCUUACUAACAAAAUUUCAAAAUGUUUUUCAAUCCACCUCCAAACAUAAAAAUUUGAACGCUGGAAAGCACAACAAUGUGGCACUCCUCUUACUAUUUUUGAAUUAAAAUAAAAACAAAUAACCUUUUCCGUCUCAUCAUAAUGAAAUUUUCACUAAUUUAUUUACGAUGGAUCAUCGUCUUCAAGAUGCUGUCAACAGUUGUUCCCGUUGCAUACUGUUGUUCGAGCAGAUUUUUCAGACAUUCUGAACAACCUACGGAUUACCCCGUAUUUCGAUCUACACCCUCAACCUCAGCACGACCACCUCGUAAGAACAGUUCUUUGGAGCAUCGAAAUAUGUCGGAAAAGGAUUCCAAGUUAAUUGAUUCCAUUCUGCAUUCGAAAUGUACCGAAGAAUUUGACACGUUAUACUGCCAGCAUGGCGGACGAUGCUUCAACUAUACCGUGGCGAACUAUUCGCAACCAUCCUGUGAAUGUAAAGAAGGAUUUAUUGGAGAGAGGUGUGAGGUGAAAUUUGUAACACAAUACAGCAUCCUGCGCAAGCCAAAAGUCCGCGUUGCUGGCGUAUGCUUCAGUGCAGCAGCUGUGUUCGUGUUUUCUACAUUCCUUUUGUACUAUUGUCAAAAUCGUUGCAUUAACCACUUCCUGAAAAAUCAACUCGAAGAUAGUUAAUUGCGCGAACUACUAACAAAACACUUAGCCUAAGGCUAAAUGAAAAUAUAUUUGUACAAUUUUUUCCCCUUUUUCGUGGUUAAAUGAGACACAAUUAACCUAAAACCAUUACCCAUUUUUCGAUAAUAGAUAAAUUCAACUUUUCAAUAAUUGUAUCUGAAAUUUUCUAUCGGAAACAUUUUAUAUAUAAUAGGAUAACGGAAGAUCCUUAAAUUUAUUGCAAUUAAGAUCAAUUUUUUCAAAAGAGAAAUAAAAUUAUUAUUUCUGAAAAUUCUGGGGAACAACAGCAAAGACUUCACCGUCUUUGUUACUUUCUUUUCAUAUUUGCCCCCAUCUAAUUAACUUGUUAUCUACAAGAUAUUAGGAUUAAAAUGAUUAGAAAAUAUAUUAUUCAAAAAUUUCUGAUUUCGCUUUGGCAACCAUCGCUUUUCUACCUAAGAAACGCUGUUUAGUCUAAUUCUAGUAUAAAUUUAAGAGAAUUAUUAUAAUAUUCUCUAUUGUAGUUUAAAGCUAAACAUUUUGUUAAUUAUUUAUUAAAAUCUAUCUUAUUAAGAUGGUUAAGGCACUACCGAAGAAUGUGCUAAUAGACAUGAAGAAAAAAAAUUUCUUCAUUUUCCGCGGAAGAUAUAUAAUUAAUGAUUUUCUUUGAUCAAAGAGCUUUUUUUAAUAAAAUUCAUUUUUUGUUUUGCUAUAUGUAAUCUUGUAAAAUACGUAUUGUCUUUCUGGAAUAAAACCUGUUAUUCCUGCCAA